UGUCAUGCAAUGGCACAGGCAUGAAAAAGUCAAUCCCGCCAAGACAUCCGUCUUUCGCCGCGCGCAUGACCUUGCUAAUACCCAAUUCACAUCUCAGGUUUAAUCUUAUCAACUGUAAACAUAAAGCGGUUUUCACACGAGGGCGGUGUUCAUCUCGGCGAUGACGUCACGAGGCAGGUCUCGCUCGAGCCCACCAAUGAGACGCGGCAGCUCGGUUCUUUUGGGGCACAUCGCAAUGAAUGGGUGUCGGUGCUUUACAAGGCAAAGGAGCAACCACAACAAGACGCGGAUAUUGAGGGGAUGCGGCAUCGGCACGCGGGAGCUGUCCACCAGCAGCACAGCAACGACACGGACGCUCGUGACAGUCAAAAGGAAGCAUCUCGUCCAGUCGCUCCGCUCUUUAGUCUGCCGCCCCCACCGCCAUCGAUAAAGGAGCGAUCCACCUCCUCACAUCACAACCGACAUGUACAGUCUUGUCCGGACCGCGGCACCAGGAACGGCGAGUGCCUGCCUUUGACCGGCCACUGCAGCCUCCCGCGCAGCGACCGUCCGCCUUACGACAACCAGCCGCAGCCGUUUCCAGGGGCCUCAUCUGCCUAUCAGUGUCAUUUCGAGGGGCUCUCGCAGAGCAGCCAUUCUCCUCAGCACAAAUCUUCCGUUUCCCCGCAGCCCUCCCCAUCUGAUCUGCUGCCGCCGCCUCUGCCUUCGCACAUUUCUAAUACGCGGGAUACGCGCCAAAAGAGUGCUAAUUACAAACAAGACAUCGUACAGCGUCGCGUCGGGGAGGGGGGGCGUCGAGACCAAAACCAGUUGCUGCAGCAACCUUGUUAUAAUCAACAAAGGGACCCCUCCUUUGAGCUACUCUUGCCAAACUCCGCUCAAGGACAGAUAAAUGCACGCGGGGAAGCCGAAAAGGAGAGGCAAUUAAUUGAGCCUCAGGCUCAGUUACUGUUGGGCAGCAGCUUGCCCAUCAACUACUGCAUCGGCGGAUCGGGGCAAGUGUGCAGGAACAAGCAGGCGCCGCUGUUGCAGCAUCAGCAUCAGCAUCAGCAUCAGCAGGCUGGCGCGCAGGAACACAGCCUCCAGCGGCAGCAGAGUGACCGAGACGGCAACGGCAGCAGCGGCAGCAGGUACCAGGAGGGGAAAAUCGCGCUCUGUCAGCCGUAUCAAUGCGAGCGGGUGCUAGAGAGAAACUCAUCGGUGUCUAGUAGUGAAGCCAGCAGCCCACCGUACGGCUCCAGCAGUCAACUGUGGCCAGAGCCCCACGACAAGGAGGACAGGAAAAACCGCACAGGCAAACACAAGGCACAUGCUGAGCGAACAAAGCUGAGCCAUGCUGGAUCCAAGCCCUCCCUCUCCGAGAGCAGUCACUCACUCCCUCAGAUAGCCAUGAACAGCUGCAAGUACAAUGGAGGAGUGGUAAGACCACUGGGCAGCCUGGCGGCGUCAAGACGCAACCUAGCAGAGCAUGACUCUGAGACCCAGCCGCUCCAGACUCUUCACAGCUCCGGCCUGGAAGUGGUCGUCUCCAAGGGCGGUGGCGAGGACCCCAGCAAGGCGUCCAAUGAGAGCCUGGUCCGAGAGAGUGGCAACGCACCACAGAAAAAAAAUAAAGAUAUUGGCUACAAGUUGGGCCACAGGAGGGCACUUUUUGAGAAGCGCAAGCGGCUUAGUGACUAUGCCCUGAUAUUCGGUAUGUUUGGGAUCGUUGUCAUGGUAACAGAGACUGAACUGUCCUGGGGGGUUUACACUAAGGAAUCUUCAUAUUCAUUUGCACUGAAAUGCCUUAUCAGCCUUUCCACUGUUAUUUUGCUUGGUCUUAUAAUAAUGUACCACGCUCGGGAAAUACAGCUGUUCAUGGUGGACAAUGGGGCAGAUGACUGGAGGAUAGCCAUGACAUAUGAGCGCAUCUUCUUCAUUGUCCUGGAGCUGCUGGUGUGUGCCAUUCACCCGAUCCCGGGCCAGUACGUGUUCACGUGGACGGCCCGGCUGGCUUUCACCUACGUGCCCUCCGUGGCCGACGCCGACGUAGACAUCAUCCUGUCCAUCCCCAUGUUCCUCCGUCUCUACCUGAUUGGCCGGGUCAUGCUCCUCCAUAGCAAGCUCUUCACCGACGCAUCGUCACGCAGUAUAGGUGCCCUCAACAAGAUCAACUUCAACACGCGCUUCGUCAUGAAGACCCUCAUGACCAUCUGUCCGGGCACCGUGCUGCUGGUCUUCAGCAUCUCCUCCUGGAUCAUCGCGGCCUGGACCGUUCGGGUCUGUGAGAGGUAUCAUGACAAACAGGAAGUCACUAGUAACUUUCUUGGAGCUAUGUGGCUAAUUUCCAUAACUUUCCUAUCAAUUGGCUAUGGAGAUAUGGUUCCUCACACAUACUGUGGGAAAGGGGUCUGUCUCCUCACAGGAAUCAUGGGAGCUGGUUGCACUGCACUUGUAGUCGCGGUGGUAGCCAGAAAGUUAGAAUUGACAAAAGCUGAGAAACACGUCCACAAUUUCAUGAUGGACACCCAACUUUGUAAACGAGUAAAGAACACAGCUGCCAAUGUACUCAGGGAAACAUGGCUCAUCUACAAACACACAAAGUUAGUGAAGAAGAUAGAUCAUGCCAAAGUGCGCAAACAUCAGCGCAAGUUCUUGCAGGCCAUUCACCAGCUUCGCAGUGUGAAGAUGGAGCAGAGGAAACUCAACGACCAGGCCAACACUCUGGUGGACUUGGCGAAGACUCAGAAUGUGAUGUACGACCUGGUGUCGGAGCUGCAGGAACGCAGCGAGGAGCUGGACAAGCGUAUUGGCACAUUGGAGGACAAGCUGGACGCAGUCACCGGCAGCCUGCAGGCUCUGCCCUGUCUGAUCUCCCAAGCCAUAACUCAGCAGCAGCAGGACCUCCUGGACGGCUUCGUGCACCGCUUCUGCCCCGCUUCGCUGGGCUCGGAACGUUCCUGGACCCCCUCCAGACGGCGGCGCUCGCCCUCCACUGCCCCGCACACUUCCUCCGACAGCGGCUAACGCGGGCCUGGACCUGCUCGCCGCUUCCAAAGGUCUCAGACUUAUUCACGUAAGAUGAGCAAGCCGAGAUUGAGGACUCGUGUUAAUAAGUAGAGAAGAAUUAUCAAAAUAGUAGAUAUAUGGUUUAUGUUUAGCCAUUGUAUGGCUGUUCAAGUUAGCUUUUUUGUAAAGCCCUCAUAUAUUUACAAGACUGAGUUCAGGAAGCUGGAGUGAGUCCAGGAAACUGGUCCUUCAGACUGCGAGAUCACGGGGUCCACAGGACGGUGACGGGCCCAAGCAACGCCUGCCGGAGCGAACCAACGCAGACCACAAAGGAGCGACGCACCCACGCAGAAGAGAUUCACUGGUCCUGUAAGACAUCUGUGCCGGGAUGAGCACCGAGGACGCGUCUGGGUGCUCUGCGAUCGCUUCAGCAUUCGGCUGGAGACGCAGGAGCACAUGACCUUACUACUGAGUAGAAUAAUGCAGGAAUGCCAACCUUAAGGAUUCAGUUCCCUUGCUCCUUCAAGGGAAAUUGGGUGCAACUAACCUUUUUUAGUUACAUAUUGGCAUGUUAUUUUUUUCAGUGCCUGAAUGUAUAGAUUGUGGAGGGUUGUCCAUUUACAAAUUUUGGAGAGAGUUUUUUGUACGAUGUUAACACGAGCAUUGCAUUCCUUUUUCAGAUACAUUCCUCUUGAAGACAUUUAACUCGUCUGUCUUAACAAAUACCAUUAACUCUGUCGCAGUCUUCUCUUAUUUUCCAAAGCCUUUCAAUACUUCCACCAGUUAGGGAAAGAAGGAAAAAGAUGGGAAGAAAGGAAAUAGUUUCUACUCAAGCUGGUAACACUUUCAUUUUAACGAAAUCUGAGCUUCCAGAAGUCUUCACAUUACCGAGAGGCUGCGUGUUUGAAUCUGAAAUGACAGCACAGAGUGCUAAACGCUGUGGUAGGCACAAAUGUAUGACAGGACUGAGAUUUAAACCUUGCAUGUUUCAGUGCAAUUGUGACGAAUGGAUUAUGGAUGGUUUUUCAAACGUAUGUGUGUGCUCUUUUGUUUUAUUUCGUUUAUUUUUUACACAGAGAUUCCUUUUUAAAACGUUGGAUAGUAUUUUUAGAGUUGCAAAUAUAGCGGUGCAGUAAUGUGGUAAUGUAUGUUUAAUGCAUUCCUUGUUCUACCUAUAAAUGAAUUCCUCGACCAAGAGAUUUACGAAUCGGUGAAACGUAGGAUUAACGCUAAAUGAAUCAUUCUGUAAUCAUGAGAAGACCUUCUUUGAGAAAGAGCAGGAGGAGAUGCUUAUGGAAGACAUUAACGUGGCUCACAUUUGCACUUUUCAGAACAUACCGUUAAGGCAGCUUAGAGGUAAAAUCUGUCUCUCCUGUUCACAUGUAUUUUACUGACAUCUAUGGUUUUAAAUAAUCACAUAACCUUAAAGCAACUGACAAUGUUAUGUGUUUGAUGGUGUAAUUGUCACAGAUUUAGAACCAGUGGUAAAUGACUUCAAACCAUCUCAUUGCAACUUGCUUUAGAAAAAUUGUAUUUUUUUAUUUGUUUUAAUUAAUUUGACCUUUUUUUAAACCUAGAUAAGAUCAGGCAAAAAAAAAAUAGUAGUAAUUAUUUUUGCUUGAUUUAAUAUUUAUAAAUUAUUAGAUAUUUUUAGCCUUUUAUAACCAAAGCCUAUACCCUUAUUAUCUUAAAAACUAAUAUGUUUUAUCCAGCUUAUGACCUGCACGCUCGCUCAAAGACAGACUUUGUUCACAUUUCAUGUGAGAUUGAAGCCAAAUUCCCCCCCAAACACCUUUUAAUAAUGCAUGUUUGCUUUUUUUCUGAUUUGCUCAUAAAACAUUUGUUAAAUUAUUAAAGGAGUUCACUUGCAGAACAAAAAUUUACGGAUAAUUUACUCACCCCCUUGACAUCCAAGAUGUUCAUGUCUUUCUUUCUUCAGUCGUAAAGAAACUGUUUUUUGAGGAAAACAUUUCAGGAUUUCUCUCCAUAUAGUGGACUUCAGUGGUGCCUGUGAGUUGGAACUUCCAAAAUGUAGUUUAAAUACGGCUUCAAAGGGCUUCAAACGAUCCCAGCUGAGGAAGAAGGGUCUUAUCUAGCAAAACAAUCGGUUAUUUAAAAAAAAAAACAAAAAAAAAAAAAACAAUUUAUCUACUUUUUAACCUCAAAUGCUCAUCUUGUCUAGCUCUGCGUGUACUCUGUGUAUUUCUAUUCAAGACAGUUAGGGUACGUAGAAAAACUACUAUUUCAUUUUCUUCUCCAACUUCAGAAUUGUCCUACAUCGUUGUUUUAACUUUUUUUGUAAAGGGCAUUUGAUCUUUUUUGCACGUUCACCCUGUAAACACUGGGUUUGUACUUCCUGGGUUGGACGAUUUUGAAGUUGGAGGAGAAAAUUAGAUGGGAGUUUUUCGACAUACCCUCACUGUAGAGAUAAAUUGUCAGUUUGUAGAGAUAAAUUGUCAAUUUUUUUGAAAAUUACAGAUCGGUUCGCUAGAUAAGACCAUUCAUCCUCGUUUAGAGCCAAUAAAACCUGCAUUUAAACUACAUUUUGGAAGGUUAAACUCGAGGGCACCAUAGAAGUCCACUAUAGAAAGUCUCUCCACUAAAGGAGAGAAAUCCUGAAAUGUUUUCUUCAAAAAAAAAAGUAAUUUCUUGGAUGACAAACAUCUCGGAUGACAAGGGUAAGUAAGUAAAUUAUCUGUAAAUUUUUGUUCUGGAAGUGAACUUCUACUUUAAAUGAGAACAAGAUUUCCCUAAUUUACCAUUUGGCAGCUUGAUCACAACUCCUAUCCAACUUUUUUCAGUCUUGUCAAUGCUGUGUUUAGGUCUUACGUAUUUCCAGUCCUCUGUUCUUGUGUACAAACGAUGCCUAAAAUUAGCAACCUUGCCAAACAAUAAUGACUGCGUUUAAACUGAAAACUUAGAGAAUUUUCACAGCUUUCAUUGCUGAAAUAUACUUGACACUUCUAGCACAUUUUGAUAAAACAGAGAUCAAAGAUGAACUAAGAAAGCCGGUCAUAACAUUCAAUUCCUAAAGUAGACAAAAAUAGAAGAACGGGCUGCUUUGCUAUUUAAGCUGCUGUUGAUGACCAAAAUGAAGUGCAAUUUAGAUCCUGGUUAAAAAUAAUUGGAUGUACAAUUGCAUGGUUUUAAACAACAUGUCCAUGACCCUUGUUCAUGCCUUUCUCUCUCUUUCACUGUCAGCACAGUCUAAAUGUUGUAACGUGCCAAUUAUAAAGUGAGACUCAGAUGCCUUCUGAUGUCAAACUGCAUACACGAGUAGAUGGGACACCAAACCACUAGAACGUGUUUUAUUGGACUACAUGAUUUUAUUUUCUUUCAGAUUUUUUUCCUAAUUGCCUUUCUUUGUGAAAUACCUGUGAAUGAUUAAACAGAGAGAUGAACUUGCAUUUUGUAUCCUCCCAGGUUGACUGUACAUAAAGGCAUGGGUUAUCAUGGUCUCGUAUGUUGAGAUCCUCUUAUUUUGUUUACAUAGAGAUAGCCCAAGAAGCUACAGUGUGGACAAAAUCUGCCCAUGUUUCAGAUAAUAAAUAUCAAAUUCUUGAGAAUA